GAGGAGGGAACGGGGGAGAAUUUAAUUUGCAGUAUGAGUUGUAACGACGAAAAUAAUGUCAUAAUUGAAAACACACAAAAAGGUUUGCUCCAAACUCUUGAUAUUGCAGUAACUGAAUCAGAAAACCGCAAGACAGAAGUGUCGUUUGGUUUAUGGGAUAAUCACACUGUGUAUCUUGUAGAAAGUAAUUCGAAGUGUAACUCGAAUCCACUUGGAGAUGGUAGGGUUCUAGAACUUUUAGGCCCAAGUAAAGAAAAAGCAGUGUGGAGACGAUAUAGUGAUUUUGAAAACUUUCAUAAAUAUCUAGAAACAGCUUAUCCAUUUAUCGUUAUACCUCCAUUACCAGAGAAAAGGGUUUUGCAUGCUUGGCAAAAACUGACUGUAGACAAGUACGAUACUGACUUUAUUGAUCGUAGAAGGGCUGGCUUGGAAAAGUUUUUGUUGCGUGUCGCAGCCCACCCCCUUUUAUCACGAGACAGUGUUUUUAAAAAUUUUCUCCAAGAAGAAAAUUUGCAAAAAGUAGUUACAACUGAAAGACAAAUAAAAAAAGCCACUUCUACUCAUAAUCUUAGAAUUGUAAAUUUUUCAGCAGAUUUACGAAAUCCUAAUAGAAAUAUAAGAGAAACCAAAAUUUAUGGUAAUGAGUUAUACUUAACACUUUCCAAUUUGUUGAAAGUUAGAACUAAACUAGCUGAUAGAGAGUAUGGUAUCCAUAAAUUGCACGAAAAUUAUGGGCGAGUGUUCAGUGAGUGGCCUAUUGUUGAGAAGCAAAUGACCAAUGAGCUUCAAAGUGCUGGACACUACAUGGAUGUAUAUUCAGUUUCUAUAGAUUCUUUGUUAGAUGAAGAAGAGGAAUUUAUUGACCAAAUAAAGGAAUACACAUUCUUUGCAGAGUCUUUAAAAUGUGUUUGUAAUUUCUUAGAAAUGAAACAACAUGAAAUAGAACAAAUAGAAGACAUCAUUACAAGCAAGAGAAGUGAACAACAAUUAGCAAAAGAUAGAAGACAUUCUCUUGUGUCCAAGGUAUUUGGAAGAUCAACUGAUUCAGAUUCAAAGUACAAUAGCAGGUUUAAUGAGCUAGAUCUAGAACUUAAAACCUUAGAAGCUGAGAUGGUUCAUGUAAAGGAAGAAGAAAAACACAUUUGUCACAAAGCUCUGGUUGACAUUGCUAGAUUCCAGCAACAAAAAGUCAUAGAUUUAAAAGAAGCUUUAAUUUGUUAUAUUGUGUUCCGUAUAAAAAUGUUUCGCCAAGGGUUACUGAUUUGGAAAAACAUCCAAGAAUCUUUUACUAAACUGUAAGAAGGAAUAAGAGUAAGCUUUCGUAUGCUUGCUACUGAUACAUAUUGGAUGUUCUGUAUCUUGUAAUAUUAUUACUAUUAGAAUAUAAUAUUUUUCAUUAUUUGAAUGACAUGAAUAAGUUGUACAUGCAUUGUAUUUUCUGUUGAAGUUAAUAAGAUCUAAGCACUUAUCAGGCUACUCAACAAUUUAUAUUAAUGUAAACUAAUGCUAAUUGUGCCUUGAAUCUUAGCUUGUCUUAGAGUUUUGUGGAUAUAUUUAUUUUUUAUAGUGUAGGUAGAUGUAGAAUAGUAUAUUCCAGUGAAAAAGAACUUGUGCUACUGUCACGUUGUUAAAAAGCAUUGUUGUAAAAACUACGUUAUUAACUGUAUGCUACAUAAACAAAUGUUGUAAAACUUUAAAAUUUUUACCAGCAGAAAUGAUUAAGGGCUUCUAAUUAAAAGUAAGCUAACUAUAUAAGUCAGAACAUGUGUGUUAAUGAAGUCAGUCCAACAUAAAAUGGCUUAAGAUUUAAGUUCAUGUUAUAAAUCAAUACAUCAGAAAACUAAAGCCUAUAAUGAUUGCAUUGCAUUGGAUUAUCGACGGUCUUUGCUAUUAGUGUUAACCAUAAUUUCAGUAAUAUCCCACAGGAUUAUCCAGCUUAAGAGAUUUAAUCUAGGUAUGAGCUUAUCCAUUGAGGCUGUCAAUGCAAAAUAGUCUAAAUAUUAAAUUUAAAAAAUAUUUUUUACAUUAUAACCAAUAAACUUUUUUAUAAAAGUAAAGAAAAAUAGAAAAGGCUUCUAUUACUUACAGAAUAGAAAUAAACAAAUCUUUUAGAUCUACACAGUUUACACUUGAGGGUCAACAAGGGGUCUCUUGGCCCAGUGUGGUUAUCCCUCCAUAUCAAACACCUAUAUGCUUAUAUCCUACGCUGACUCCCUACAAGUCUUCUCUUGAACUCUUCCAAUCCUGUUGUAUAUUCCACAUCUGAAGGCAAUUUAUUUCAACAGAUGAUCACCCUGUUUAAAAAAUUGCUAUACACAGAAGACUUCUGUCUUGCCAAAUAUUAAAUCUAUGCUUCCUGGUCAUCCAUACCAUUAAACAUGAAAAAAUAGUUAUGCGUUAAGCCUAUCUAACCCUUCUUUUCUCAAGAGAAAAUCAUCUUAAGGGCUUAAGUGCGUCCUCUUAGGACAGCUUUUCACUCACAGGAAUCAUCCUAGUAGCUCUCCUUUGAAUCAUUUCAAACAGUUCAAUAUCCUCAAAGUAAGAAGCUUAAGACUGAACAAAAUAAUCUAAAUGAGGCCAGACUAGAGGUCUAUACAAAGAAACUUUAACCUCCUUUGGUUUAUAUAUUCGGUAUUCCUUUAGAUAUAAUCCAAAUCAUAUUUGCUUUCCUACUAGCAACAACACGCUGCUUAAAAGACUUGUGAGACCAAUCAACCAAAAUGCUAAGACCAUCUUCUAUAACACUUAUUACUUUGAUUUCUAUCGCAGUGGUAACUGAAGUUUCAAUUAAGAUAACAUUAUCUUUCAUUUAACAUUAUUAAAUUUUAUCUGUCAUUUAUUUACCAAUUCACCAGAUGAUCCAAAAUCCCUUUUUUAUAAAUGGCCAGGUGGUUAGAUCGCUCGACUCGCAAUCUGAGGGUCGCGGGUUCGAAUCCCCGUCUCACCAAACAUGC